GUUAUAAAUGUUUGUUUUUUUGUGGUUAUGCCUUAGAUUUGAACUAUUUUGAACCUUGUCUUUGUUAUCUUUUUAAUAUCCCUUCAAAUCCAUUUUCAUUAAGUGUAAUUCAAUUGAAUAUUAUGUCAUCAUUUCAGAGAUUACUUUUACCAAUUUUAAGUAAUAGCAACCAGUUCAUGCAGUGUCAAGUUCGGCAUUUACCUAGGUGGAAAUUUAGAUCACCAGUUAAUGUAAUCCCAGCUGAAGAAUAUGAUGAAAUUCAAGACAAACCUAAAACUAGCAAGUUUCAAAUUGAUGAUGAAUAUCCUCAUCAAGAACUUUUAUCGGAUCAACAGAAUCUCUCAACAAAAAAUAAAGAAACUGCUCUGAAUUAUGCAUUGAAAUCUCAUGCCAAGAAGCCUCUUACCAUUUCCAAGAAUAAUCAGGCUCAUAUCAAAGCUAAGAUAACUACUACAGAUAUGUUGGAAACAAUCAUUGAUGAAGAAGGAAACUUCAUUUACACAAAGAUGCAAAAUAAUGAUUCUAGAAUUGGGUCAAUAUUAGUUGACCUGAAAUCAAAAAAGGAAAGAAAUAAAAAUGACUUGAUUCUCCUGGAAGGUAAAAGGUUAAUAAAAGAUGCCUUGGAAUCAGGGUGUACACUUAAGUACAUCUUAUUCAGCCGUUUCAAAGAAGUAGAAUAUCUGAGACCAUAUUUGCCAAAUAUGGGUGCAAAAUUGUAUAAAAUGCCCUAUAGAGAAAUGCAAAUGUGGUCAGGAUUGACAACCAAUCCAGGAAUAAUGGGUGUAUUCAAAAUUCCUGAUGUAGAUUCUUUUACACCCUCAUCAGACUCUUUGCCUCUGACUAUAAUUUGUGAUAAUAUUAGGGAGGCUAGCAAUUUAGGAGCUGUAUUGAGAACAUGUGGUGGUUUAGGAUGUCAAGAAGUUAUUCUGACUAAAGGUUGUGUCAAUGUUUGGGAUUCCAAAGUCCUCAGAAGUGCAUGUGGCACUCACUUCAGAUUGAGGAUACAUAGAAAACAAACUUGGGAGGAAAUCUCAGGAGAUUUGAAGGAAAACUCAUCUGUAUUCAUAGCAGACAAUCAUACCAUAUCUGCUGGUGGAGAUGAUAGCAUUUCAUCAAAAACUAAUUUGUCACAAUUGAUUCAAAGUGUACCUGUUUUGCCUUAUUAUGGAGUGAAUUUCACUUCCUCAGAUCACAUUGUUCUCAUAGUUGGAGGAGAAACUGAAGGUAUUAGUGAAGAUUCUUACAAUCUAGCUAAACAGUUAAAUGGGGUGAGGUUGAAUGUACCAUUGAGUAACAAUGUUGAAAGUUUGAAUAUUGGUGUAGCAUUAGGUAUUAUUGCUUUUGAGAUGAAAAGACAAAUGAAUGUGAAUAGGAACCUUUAGAAAAAUGUGCAGCAGAGAACAUUUUGUAUUUGAGUGAAAAAUAUAUGAAAUAAAAGUAAAAUCU